UCCAACAAUUUUACUGUUUGUAGAAAUCGAGGGUGCGAAAUCCGCUGCUGAACCUGAAAAAAUCCAACCCCUUUUGUAUAUACUAUAAAUAAGGCACUGUUGUAUGCGGUUGCAUCUCCCCUUUCUCUCUCUCUGGAACUGGUUUUUGGUUCUCGUUUAAGCCAUCAUAGGGAGGAGGGGCUUUUCAGGUCAAAGAAGUGCAACAGAGUGAGAUCUGACUCAUAAUUUGGCGACACUCUUGAAAAAAGAGGUUACUUGGAUUUUGUGAGGUUGUCUUGUAGUUGGAGUCAUGGCGGGUGAGGUUGUGGGAUUUGAGAUGGUUCAAGGACCAGUGGAGAAUGGUACUGAGGGAGGAAAACCUGUUUUGAAUGAGAAGGAGAAUGGCAAGCUGGAAAAAGAUGUGGGAGCUGCUGCGGAUGCCAUCAAAUUUGGGACACAUGGAGAGGAAUCUGCAAAAAAGAAAGGGAAUGAUGUUUCAGACGUGAAUGCCCCGAAAGAUGCUGCUGAAGAUUGGCCUGCUCCUAAGCAGAUUCAUUCUUUUUAUUUUGUCAGGUGGCGGCCUUAUGAUGAUCCAACCAUCAAGUCUAAAAUUGACCUGUCCGACAAAGAUAUUAGCAAGAAAAAUCAAGCCCGUUUUCAGAUCACAGAAGCACUGAAGGCAAAGCGGGCAGAACGAGUGGAGUUGAUUUCUCAGGUCAAGUCUCUAAGAGGCGACAGUAGGCAAUUUCAGAGUAUUGUGGAUGAGAAAUUGAAAGAGAUUGGACCUCUGCAGCAAGCACUGGGCAAGCUGCGGACUACAAAUAAUGCCGGCCGGGGUGGUUUGUGUUCAUCUGAGGAUGAACUUAACAGUGUUAUAUAUAGUUUACAAUACCGCAUACAGCAUGAGAGCAUUCCUUUGACUGAGGAAAAACAAAUCCUCCGAGAAAUCAAACAGCUUGAGGGGACAAGGGAGAAAGUUAUUGCUAAUGCUGCAAUGAGGGCCAAAUUACAGGAAUCUAUGGGGCAAAAAGAAGCCAUUCAAGAUCAGGUUAAGCUUAUUGGUGGGGAUUUGGAUGGAGUGAAGAAAGAGAGAGAAGCAAUUCGGUCCAAAAUCAAGCAAAUUGAUGAUGCACUGAAAGCCAUAGACAAGGAUAUCCAGUCUCUACAGGAGGAACUGACAGCUGUUUCUCAGAAGAGGGACAAAGCUUUUGAGAGUAUACAGCAGCUAAGAAAACAGCGCGAGGAGGGGAACACCUAUUUCUACCAAAGUCGUACGGUUCUGAACAAAGCACGGGAGCUGGCUGCAAAGAAAGAUAUUAAUGCUCUUGAUGAAGUUUCACAGACAGAGGUUGAGAAAUUUAUGGCACUCUGGAACAAGGACAAAGCAUUUAGGAAUGAUUAUGAAAAAAGAAUUUUGGCCUCAUUGGAUAUGCGACAGUUGAGUCGGGACGGACGGAUGAGGAACCCGGAUGAAAAGCCAAUUCUGGAAGAACCAAAACCUGCUGAAGCUGAAGCAUUACCAAAAAUGGCCGCAAAACAGCCAAAGGAGGAACCUAAGCCUUCUCCACAAGAAACUUUGCCUGCUCAGAAAGAAUCCAAAACCACUCAGAAAGAUUCCAAAAACAAGGGGAGGGAUUUGAAAUCCAAACUGGAGAGUAAGGAUGUAGCAGAAACUGAUGAAUAUGAAUUUGAAAGUCCCCAAAAGGAGGCCCCUGCCAAAGAGCCUGAAAUUGAUCCAGCAAAGCUGAAAGAGAUGAAAAGAGAGGAGGAAAUUGUGAAGGCAAAGCAGGCCUUGGAAAGAAAGAAGAAGUUAGCAGAGAAAGCUGCAGCCAAAGCAGCCAUCAGAGCACAAAAGGAAGCUGAGAAGAAGCUUAAGGACCGUGAGAAGAAAGCAAAGAAGAAAUCAGGCACUGCAGCCGUGGCCAACCCUGAGGACGAACCGAAGGAUGAAGUUGUCGAGGCUACAGAGCCAGAAAAGAUUAACGAUGAUGUCCAAGCCCCGGCACCAGUGAAGGAAAAGGUCCAAAAGGAGAGUGGCAUCAGGUCCAGGGGCCGAGCAAGAGGCCCGGACUCGAUUCCAAAAGCUAUUAUUAAGCGGAAGAAGUCUAACAAUUACCUGAUAUGGGCUGCAGCUGCCACCUUGCUAGUCCUCCUGUUGGCUGUGCUUGGGUACAUCUAUCUUUUCUGAAAAGUUUAGAUGUGGAAGGAGCUGCGAAACCAAUUUUCUGAGUGGGUGGCUAGGUUUGUGAGGUAGCAUAAGUUAUGUUCAUGUUCUAUACAUCCUCUUGGGAGAAUAGUAGAUCAAACACACUUUGUUGUGCUUAGCUCCUGCUUUGGGGAGAAACUGCAUGCAUAUUUAGCUUUGACUAUUUACUUACAAAAUUUUGUUCAGAUUUCAUGAGAUGUUACUGGAAGCUUGAAUUUGUUUCUGUAGUUAAUUUGUCAUAGGAAUGGUACCAUGAUAUACUGAAAAACUUUAUGAUGAUAGAUUUUACAUGUUGGUUAACAAAAAUCUCUCUAGAGAGGGUGACCAUGA